CAAUCACACAAUUUGAAUGGAAGCAUACAAGCUGCGCGUAAGUCCGGUGCGCUCUCGCCUAGCAGCAAAUAGCCAACCAUCAGCCACAUCCUGCCGGCCGACCAAUCACGAAGGCUACACACACCGCAACCACAGCCUGAUUUAGCUCCCAUAUCUGCCACCCACACUGAAUCGCCACCAUCAUCGACACCAUCUGCCAUCCCCAGCAGCACCUCUACUGGAGUGCACUUCGGGCAGCAACCAGCUCAUCAUAGCGAGCCUUCUCCCAUACCCCUCCGGCGGACUAACAAUUCGAUCAGAUAACGAGUCCUUCGGCCUUCUCUGAAGACGCUGACCGGUCGGCCUGCCUGCCCGCCUACCCACCUGACUCCGCAACGUCUCGCUCCCGCUGCAUACAUACACACUCGACCGCAGUCAUUCGCCUUUCCAAAAGUGACUGAGCGACAUGUCGAGCAACCUGGUUGUCGUCGGCUCCCCGGAGCAGUUCACCUCGUUGAUGCAAGAGGAUCUCAAUCGAGUCAGCCUCCUCAACUUUUGGGCGCCUUGGGCAGAGCCGUGCGAGCAAAUGAACAAGGUGGUGGAGGAGCUGGCCGUCAAGUGGCCUGCUGUCCUCGUCUUGCAGAUUGAAGCCGAGGCGCUUCCCGACAUCUCUGAGUCGUUUGACAUCGAAUCAGUGCCUUCCUUUGUCCUUCUCAAGGGUCACACCCUCCUCUCGCGCAUCAUUGGGGCCAACGCGUCUGCAUUAUCCGCGGCCGUCGCUUCCCAUGCCGCUCCUUCGAACGGAAACGGUGCUGCUUCCGGGCCCCUCUCUCACACCUCUGCUCCCAUUCAGUCUGCUCAAGGCUACGAGGAGCAUCACGUGCCCAAACAGGAAUCAGACGAGGAGCUGGCAUCGAGGUGCAAGGGCCUGAUGGAGAGGGAGAAGGUGAUGCUGUUCAUGAAGGGCAAUCCCGAUCAGCCCCGCUGCGGUUUCAGCCAAAAGACGGUAGCCCUGUUGAGGCAGGAAGGCGUUCGAUUCGGCAGCUUCGACAUCCUUCAGGACGAAGCUGUCAGGCAAGGUCUCAAGAAAUUGAACGACUGGCCCACAUUCCCGCAGAUCGUUGUCAACGGCGAGCUCAUCGGUGGGCUCGACAUUCUCAAGGAACAGAUCGAGACGGGCGAGUUCCGCGAACUUUUGGAGGGAGCUUGACCGCAGAGUUCUUUCGGGUGACCCGCAGCGCCAAGUAGCGGCAGUGAAAGAAAAGGUGCCUACAGCCCCUCUCCACCCCUUCCGUUAGUCAAUCUGUGGCAAUGAUAAUCCUUGUACAGUACGAAAGAUGAACUCGUGCGCAAGCAUCGCGUGCUGCAUGCUCGCUAUCAAGAGCCUGGGAUGUGCCGAUUUGCUGCACCGUCAAAUGACCCGUUCGAUUGCCAACAGUCAUUUCAAGCUGCUCCCCUCGCGACAUGGGAUGUCUCAAUUUGCAGAGAUAGGCAGGGCGGUCGCGGCG